GUAGGAAAAUUAUGCAACUCACCGCUGGAUAUCAUAAUAGCUUUGGAUGCGUCUGGUAGUGUGCUUAAAGAAAACUGGGAUAAAAGCGUAGAUUUUGCCUCGCAGCUCGGCAAGAAGUUACUUUCCUUGAAUGCAAAAAGUCGCAUAGGAGUCAUUGACUUCAGUGAGAUUGCUAAUGAGGUUAUUGAACCAUCCAGCGACCAAAAGCUUUGGGAAUGGAAGUUAAAUAACCUGAAAAACAAUUAUCAAAACGGAAUCACGAGAACAGAGUUAGCCCUGAAGAAGGCGGCUGAAAUAUUUCAGCGAAUCGACCGAACUUUCGCGAAAAAACUGCUAUUGAUAUUGACUGAUGGUCAAACGACACCACUAAACUACAAGCAAGGAAAAGAACUAAUUCAGGAGCCUAUGGCCAGCCUGAGAACCAUAGGGGUACAUGUGAUUGCUGUAGGUGUUGGCAUGUUGGUUGACAGUGAGGAGUUGAACAUUAUGGCCUCUGAACCGACAAAUGAAAACGUAAUUUAUUUCCAGGAUUAUGUUGAGGUCCUAAAUAUGGUGGAUUCAAUAACUCGGGUCGUUUGCUUAGCAGAAGGUACAAACCAAGCGCUAUACUUUGUCCUAAAAUAAAUUAGACAUAUAGAAAUUUGAAAGAAAAAUUCAUCUUUUCAAUUCUUGUUUUUUUUUCUUGAUAGAUACUUAUAUUGAUUAUAACUUGUAGCACAAAAGUAAAAAAGGGUAGCACAUUAUACAAAUGAACUUUAUGGUAUUGAUAACUGAAUGAUAAUGAUGAUGUCUAAUGAUGAAAAGAAGCUCUAAUGCUAAUAAUUAUCCCUAUUUUAUGAUAAAUCUUCGAGAACCCCUAACUGCAUAUCUGCCAUUCAACAUGUUUGUUUCAGAGCCCCAGUCCGCCGAGUCUCCAGUGCCGUAUGUUGCUGCCGUCGAACCUGUCAGCUCAAGUAAGUAUGCACAUGCUUCUUUUAGAUAUAGAAUUUAAACCAAUGAAAGUAACAGUAUCAUAAAACUACGGCAAAGCUCGACGAUUUUUUUCAGAAAGUGAAGUCUUGAACUUACGUCAUUUGUGUCACCCUCUGGAUUAUCUUACCAUUUGAUCUUGCUCAUGUUGUUGUCUACGGUUUUCUUUGGAAUCAUAAGCCUCUCGCUUUCCUCUCCUGUUUGUACCCCGUGUUAACUAUCAUCUCUCAGUAUAGAUUGUACUCCUUAUUUACCUAUAAUUCACUCCUAUUGGCGUAUAUAUGUCUGUCAUACUUUUUUUCGAUUAGGCUGCGAUUAAGCAUCAACUCACUUUUCACACUUUCUCAGUAAACGACAUAUCCAUACCAAAUUUACUCCAAAAUCAAUGAAGACGACGAGAUCCCAUCCCCUGCCACCCUUCGAGCGCCAUAUUAACAUGAAUUAAAAUUCUUCGCGCGAUAAAUAAUCGUUGUUUUCGUACUUGUUGUAAUCUGUGAAUCUUUUUCCUCCAAGUAUGCAUGUUUCAUUCACUAAAUAAAUUUUCCUAAAUUCAUCUCCUAGUUAAUGGUGUUAAUAUUUUAACAAGAAUAUUCUGGGAAUUUUUGGUUAUGAAAUUGGUUUUUCUUUUUCCUCUGAUGUAACAGCAUGUCCUGCUAAGUACACUAAAGUAGGCUGUUUUAAGGAUGACAUGAAACUCCCACGCCCUCUUCCAAAGUUGCUUUUCACCGACCGCGACUCAGCGACUAAGAAGUUUAGUGGUAAAUCAGUCGACUGGCAGGACUGGAAUUCUUACAUUAACGACCUCGUCUGCCGUUGUGCAAAGGAAGCAAAAGUUCGCAAUUAUGCAUAUUUCAGUAUUCAGUUCUACGGUAAGUGACAUAAUCAUCCACAGAAUUGACACCAAGGUCUGACGCCAAAUACAAAAAAAGAUGAGUCCUUGUAGGCCAUGAAACAAGCGAAAUUUCGGGUAAAGUUUGGCGGUCUUGAUAAAAACCCCUUGCUCGACAUAUGUUCCAAAAUUGUAUUAGUUUUUUAGUGCAAGCCUGUCAUUUGAAAACCUUUUCUUCGUGCUAAACUGGUUAAUUCUUGUUCCAAAGUUUAUUAUUUCAAGAAUCAUUAGAACUCAAACACGACAUAUUAUUUCAAUUUAAGGUUAAGUAACUUAUUUUCUCUACAGGCGAGUGUUGGUCUGGUCCACAGGCGCAAGAGACGUACAACAGGGCUGGUGCCAAAAAUACAUGCAUUACGAGUAAUUUUGAGAAGUGCGAUGUUUCUGAUUCAAAGAUAUGCGUUGGAGAAAAGGAAACCAACUUCGUGUACGAAGUACAAAGAGCAGGUAACGUAAAACAGGACAUCUCGGUAAGAGCUAGGAGUAUAUAAUUUUAACAGUUAAAAUAACAUCAUGUUAACAUGAUGUUGAAAGCAAGAAUCUCAUUGCCGGUGAUAGAUUCACACCAAGAGAUUAUUAUAUUCUUGGUUCCCACCAAAUCUACUUCAGUGAAGAAAAAUGGAGGGUAACCAAAAUUAGGCAAGGUAACACGCUCCUGGAGGAUCACCCUGAGCCUGCAUAACAAUUUGGUCACAGAACUGCUAAUUCAAGUUCGGUCUUCUGCAACGGUAAGGAUGUGUUGGCUAACAGUCUAUCAUGUUUUUGUCAUAGUCACAUAUGUAUACAUGUAUGUCUGUCUGUCUGUUUCUGUAGUAUGUAUAUAUGAAUGUACGUAUGUAUCUAUGUAUGUAUGUAGUGUCCAUUUUUAAACGAUGUCUUACCUCAGUGGGAGGCUAUUUGCCUUACGCACUUUCUCUUUUUCUUGUUGGAAGAGGCUGAGCCAAUUAUAUGCAUACAUGUAUGUCUGUCUGUCUGUAGUAUGCAUAUAUGAAUGUACGUCUGUAUCUAUGUAUGUAUGUAGUGUCCAUUUUUAGACGAUGUCUUACCUCAGUGGGAGGUUAUUUGCCUUACGCACUUUUCUCUUUUUCUUGUUUGAAGAGGCUGAGCCAACAUGUGGAGUAGAAUAUCACAAACUCGGAUGUUUCAAAGACAACAAAAAGGGCCCUCGGCUUUUAAAUAAACUCAUAUUAACUGAUCGCGAUUCCAAGUCUCCUGUUUACAGUAAUAUUAAGAUAGACUGGGGGAAUUGGAACGCGUACUUGCCAAAGUUAGCAUGCAGAUGUGCGGAGAAGGCUGCAGACAACAAGUUCACCCAUUUUGGCUUACAGUUUUACGGUGAGGAGGUUUAGUUUUGAACAAUAUUAUAGACAAAUGUUAUUUUAACGAAAACUUUGAUAGGUGGAGAGGUUGGACCCAGUUUGGCUUGUUAGCUCAGUUGGUAGAGCACUGCACCGGUAUCGCAGAGGUCAUGGGUUCAAAUCCCGUACAGGCCUGAAGUUUUUCAGACUUUAUUUUCACUAUUGCUCAAGUAGUGUUCAUUACUGCGAAGAUCGCCUUCAUAUUCACGUCUUUGUCCGCAGUUCAAAUCCAUGAUUUUCAUAUAUUCACAAUCAAGUAUUAUUUAAGUAGCAAGAACUCAGUUGACUAAGGUUAUUGAUCACCAUAAGUUUUUGGAUUUUACCUCCAUAAAUAAUGUGAGCUUCCAAUGGUAAACGACUUCAGGGAAACUCUAGUUCCUUAAGCAUAUACCUAUAGAAUGACACAUUCUAUAUGAUAACACUCAUGCAUGUGAACUUGUUUUACUUCUCCUGCGAGUGCUCUUGUAUAUUGCUCAACUGCUCUCGCAAUUGAGUUAAAUUGCUGUCAUUGCCUAUGAAACCUGUAUAGCAGAACUUGUUCACCUCGAAGUUUGAUGGAGAUUGAAAUAUCCAAGCAUUGCUUGAACGUUCAUAUCAACUUUUCUCUGGGCAUAUCCUUCUGAAUAGGAGAAUGUUGGUCAGGCCCAGAGGCCGCUGAAACAUAUAACCAACUUGGUCCUGCUUCAGCAGACAGCUGUUUGACCAGCGACUAUCAGCCAUGCCCUGAGGAUCCAAAAUCUACAGACAUAGAGUGUGUAGGAAAACUCUUCGUAAACUAUGUUUACACCAUUAUAAAGAGUGAAGGUAAUAUCGUUACGUGCAGUAUAGCAGGCGUUGCUUUUACAGAAAUUACUAAGCAGAUAUGCUUCUCGUUUUACCAUUUGAACGGAGAAACUCACAAUUCCUUUCCACAGAAUAAGGUAGGUGAGUUCUCAAAGGAGGAUAAGAGGAGGAUAGGUGAUAAGGUAGCCAGUUCUCAAAGGAGGAUAUAUCAAAAUCUCAAUGGAAUAUUACACGUUCGUUGAUAAUGAAUUCUUGCCCUAAGUUUGUAAGGCUUUCAGCAUUGCAUUCUUGAACAGAAAGUCCGCAGUCAGUCAAGUUAAUGAAUCUUUGUCGUUUUCGUUAAUAUAUUAACUUAAGGUUUAAACAAGUUACCAAUUAGAGUGGAUAAAUGAAUAAAUGAGCCCUGUAGAGAAUAGGUAUCGACGUGGAUCGUGCUUCAGAUGCAAAAAAAAAAAUGUUGGCACUUUUCCAAGGAAUAAACUGAGUUCUAUUUAAGAUGUCGAAGGACUGUGAUUACCAGGUAGCAUGCAGACAAACGAGUGAACCACAACAAAUGGACGAUGGAAUUUAUCCUUACUCUUGAUCUGAAUAAGAUAAAAGGCCCAUGCUAUGGUCUCAGCUGGUUGCUUCUCAUAACUCAGCAAGUACGAGCUCGAAAAUCAGUCGAGCUGUCGUUACCUAAUUUCAGUCUAUUGAUAACUACUUUAAUUUAGUAUAAUUUACAGGGUUUUAUUAAAACCAUCCAUUAACCACUUUGUGACCUCUUAGGAAUAUGUCAUACCAUUGUGGUUUUUGGGCUUUUUCAGAUGCACGUUGUUCAGUUCCUUUUAAACCUGUUGGCUGCUUUAAGGAUAAUCAGAAGAAGAAUGCUCGACCACUCGGUGAACUGCUUCUUACAUAUCGCGACCGAAAAAGUUCCAAAAAUAACGGAACUGAAAUUAAUUGGGGAGAAUGGGACGUUUACUUGUAUGAGUUGGUGUGUCUCUGUGCCGAGAAGGCAAAGGAAAAGAAAUACUCCCACUUUGGGUUGCAGCAUUACGGUAGGUGAACACGUGCGACAGAACACACUUGCAUAAUAAAAUCACUGAUACGGGUUUUUUUUCAAGCCCUAAUUUUGCUUGACAAGACAUUGUAACGUAGAGGAAGGUAGCUGAAAAAUUACCGUCCAAUUUGUAAACAUUGUAGCUAGUGACUCUGGAUAGCUUCGUAUAGUUAAUUCAUAUAGUCAGAAUUCAGAUAUCAUCUUAAAACUUCAUAUAAAUGUUUGUUUCCUUAAACCUAAACACCAAAACUUUUAAGAUCGCAUCGUUUAUUCAUCUAAAACAUGUAUAUUUCCAUCAGUUAAAGAACAAAAUUCCACGUGACGUUCUAUUCUCGCUGGAUCCCCUGAAUCCUAAAACCGACAAAAAAUUAAUCCUAUUACACUCUAUUUCCCACAAAAUAUAUUCUCUGCUAGGACCCAAAGUACCGGCUACUGUUUGAUUCAAAGCAAUUUUUAUUGUUCCUAAGGUGAGUGCUGGUCGGGGCCUGAAGCAGGCGAAACAUUCAGCAAGGAUGGACCUUCAGAGGCAGAUAAAUGCAUUGGUCGAGGAUUUAAAACAUGUAACGCCUUGGUUGAUGACAUCUGUGUGGGAAGGGAAAAGACUAACUUUGUCUUCUCUCUUUACUAGUACGAAGAAAAUUAAAAAAUACAGCAAUCAACAGGCUAAUUUAAAGUGUCAAGUGGUUUAUGUUGGAUAUGGCUGGAACCAGAGAAUACAAACAACUUAA